CGCGACAACGAUGCGAAUGCAAUCUGUCAGAUACACGAGGGGCAUGCCGCCCUUGGGAGAUAACCAUCAUCAAUACUUUCGAUGAUGGAGAGUACUCAUGAGGACCAAGGACCAACCCUAACAAUUGUCAGCACAGUCUUCGUAGUGCUGGCCACUUUCGCUGUUAUCGGGCGGCUUUGUGCGAGACGGCUCAGACACCUACGUCUUGGGCCGGAUGAUUGGAUCAUUUCCUUUUCCUUGGCUUGCGACUGGGCAAUGUAUGGAUUAUUCGUGGGGUGUGAGUAGCCAUAAUGGACUGGGCAAGCAUAUCGAUGACGUCCCAACCGACAACAUCGCAGGGAUAGUUGAGCUCCUCUAUGUUUUCCAAAUCUUCUAUGUCCUCGGACCAGCAAGCGUGAAACUAUCACUUUUAUUCCUCUACCGACGCGUCUUCGAGCGUUCCAAGUUCCUUCGCUUAGUAUACGGCAUGAUGGGCUUGAUUGUUGUAUUCGGCAUCGUCGUGACCUUCAUGGCGAUUUUCAACUGCACUCCGAUCAGCGCCUUUUGGACGAGCAAGGGAAAAUGCUUCGACUUCAAAUUUUUCGCGCUUGGAUAUGCCGUGGUCAACAUCGUCACGGACCUCGCUAUCUGGUUGAUGCCUAUUCCUAUUGUCUGGAAGAUUCAGAUGCCGAUUCAGCAGAAGAUAGCUCUAUCUUUCAUCUUUGCGUUGGGGUUAUUUGAUUGCGGAGCUGCCGUGGCUCGCCUAUGUCUCUCGAUGCUUAUCUUGGACAACUCUGACAUAACGUGGGAUUAUGCUCCGGGAUUUAUGUGGUCCAUCAUUGAGGUAUCAAUCGGCAUCCUCUGCACCUGUCUUCCCACAAUGCGAGUAAUUCUCGAAGCAGUAUUCAACCGCAAAACUGCGAGGAAAUUUGGGUUGUGCAGCGAUACCAACAGUGACCAGCGCGUGAGCGAUGUAGCGUGGCCGAGGUCGAAUGAUUACGAUGAAUUUGCGGAUCAAGGGCGGAGAAAGGGCUCUAAUCAUAUCAAUAGAGACUUGACUGGGUUGCAGGAUCUAGAAUGGGACGGUGAGUCGCAGAGAGGUUUAGUGGGAUGUGAGGAGCUCAAUGAUGAACUUCAGCCACCGAGGGCACCGCGAUUAUCGAGGAGCACUUGAUUCUAUAGUCUUAAUGAAUCUAGUGGAUUAAACCAUAUAAUACUGAAUUGAUUAAUUCAAAUGAG